AUGUCCACCCCAACGAACCCGGAACCUAACACAGCAGCCGAGGGUGCGUCACCUCGGCCUGGAAUACCGUUUGACUUCGACCCAUCAAAGCCGCCCUCGUUCGUCGAUGUCGUAAAGGGGAUAGAGGCAGAGGAGUUCAAGCUUGCAAAUGUGACAAAGUCACCCUGCGCCGUCAAAGGCCUUCUCUACGGAAUUGGAGCAGGUGACGACCAAUCACCAGGGCGAGCGCUAUCGGCUGGGAAUUGGGGUUUCAUGACGUUCGGUGUGGUGUCCACAAUAUCAUGGGAGUUUUGUCGAUAUCAAAGGCGUGUUGUGCAACAGCAGUUGGAUGCCAUGGGUGCGGAGACUCGUCGACGAUUGGAGGAAGAACGACAGAAGAGGUUGUCGGGGUGA